AUGAUAUAUUGGCGCAACAACGGAAUAGGCGGUAUACUUGCCGAUGAUAUGGGCCUGGGCAAAACUCUCCAGGCCCUUUCUCUCUUCCAGUACGUCAAGGACAAUGAAAGAGCAGACAGUAAGUUCCUGGUUGUAUGCCCAUUGAGUGUUUUGAACACUUGGAUGUCCGAGAUCUCUAGGUGGACGACUGGGCUCAGGCCAAUGGCAUACCAUGGAGGCAGUGAAGAAAGAGAAAACCUGCGCACAUGCUUCAGACAACAGGGGGCCGAGCCUUGGAAUAUUGUUGUAACGACCUAUGAGACACUUUGCAGUGAUCUCUGGUUCUUUCAGAAGACACUUUGGGCACAUGUGGUCCUCGACGAGGGCCACCGCAUAAAGAACAGCAGGUCUAAGCGAACGCAGGGAGUUUACAGACUUCGUUCAGAGAAUAGGAUUGUGCUUACAGGCACACCUAUUCAAAACGAUCUAACUGAACUGUGGUCUAUUUUACAUUGGCUGUACCCGGAUGUUUUCGUGCCAGCCACGGCCAAGCUUUUCGAAAACGCGUUUUCCUUGACAGACGGAAAGUUUGACAGCAUAUUUCUCAGCCACAUUACCCGCUUCCUAAAAGUUGUAAUGCUACGCCGAACCAAAUGUGAUUCUCAGAUCGGGCUGGAUUUACCACCGAAGAAAGAGACUGUGUUUUCGGUGCCACUCACCGAGUUGCAACUGGGUUGGUAUCGCACGAUACUCACAGGUGUGGAUGAAUCGAUUUUGUUGGGUAGCAUUGAGCAGGAAAAGUCUCAGUCCAACGUUGUCCCAAUGACGGAUAGCAUCGUCGAGUCGAUGACGGCGGCUUGGGAGACGAACAAAGCAACUAAUACUAAGAGACGAAGUCACAUAACGACCAAUACGCUGAUGGAGCUGCGUAAAUGCUCGAUACACCCGUAUCUCCUCGCAGACGCUCUUCCCAAGGAGUAUAAUAUCGGUCAGCAUAUUGUCGAUGCCUCAUGCAAGUUCAUUGUUCUCCAGAAAAUGAUCCGGCAGUAUGUUGGAUUAGAGAACAAGAAAGUCAUCAUCUUCUCGGGAUUUGACCAAACCCUCGACCUGUGCGAAGACCUCCUGGAAAUGGAAAAGGCACAGUUUUCAUUCAAGUACGGUCGUUUAGACGGGAGCACAUCCUCCGCAUGGAGAAAUCUUUCGGUUUUUCUCUUCCAGAAUGAUCCCCGGUAUAUGGUGUUCUUGCUUUCGACCCGGGCCGGAGGCGAAGGUCUCAACCUUGUCAGCUCAUCCAUAGUCAUUUUUCUGGAUGAUGAUUGGAACCCUCAGGUAAUGCGGCAAGCCGAAUCGAGGGUUCAUCGCAUCGGCCAGACACAGCCCGUACAAAUAUUCAGGAUACACGCCAAGGGAACAGUAGAAGACCAAAUGCGCCGGCGUAUGGAUAAGAAGGCCUACUUAGCAGACAAGGUCAUGGGAGAGUUUGGAAACAACAUAACCCACCAUACGGAUCUGGAGGAGACCACUGAGGAUGAGAUCUGUUUGAUACCCAGCAGGCCGAUCAUCCCUAGGUCUUUUGAUGCAAAGGACCUAGUAAACUCGGACUUUCAUUCCAUAAUGUCCUCCUACGCUCUUGAUGAAGUCAGCAUACAGGGGAUGUCUCAUGCGGAAAAGAGAGCAUGGCUUGCACGUUCGGAACGGGUAAAGACAAACAUCUUCAACGGUGUCAUGGUGGAAACAAAGUAUAGGCGUUUUUCUGUUUAUGAUGAAACAGUCCUCAGCAUCUCCAAAGCAUCUCGUCGGAUCGGAAAGUCUCGUGUCGUCACAGUUGGAGAAUGGAAGGUUUCGAAGGAGAGCAUGGAAAUGGCAACUCCUGUCAGUCCUACCUUUCCGAAGCAAGGGGUUGGGGAUAAGGCGUGCAAAAUGAACGAAGCUCCAGCGCUGCCGGAAGACUUCUAUUCAGCUGUCUGA